AUGUGGCUUCACUUCGCCGACAGCAUCAAACCACACGGGCGCCCUCAGAAUGCAGACGUCAGCGAGGGAGGACACCAACACCACAAGAAACACAACAAGUCAGGUAGCUCACGAGACCCGCCGGCACACCACGCGAGGAGUACGAAUGCCAAGCUGGCGCUCAUGAGGUUGGCUACAACCGAGACUUACACAGCAACCCGGUACUCCUACUCCAAAAAGACUAAGAUUACCGAGACGGUGACCUCUGGGCCCGGUUGCCAGCGCGUCCUACAGGCCCUCGACGACAGCCUCUCGGGAGGGAUAACGAACGUUGUCGAUGGCACCGAGGGCACGAAACCGACGGCAGCAAUGUUGGCGGGGCAGCCCCAUGGCUCAGCCACUUGGCGUGCGACAAUCCUGCGUCAAGAUGCCGCGCCCGACGACGUCGGAACCGGAUCAACAGGCGGUGGGGGGCCGAGGGAGGCGUGGGAAGCGUGUUUGAGCGAAGGUGCCGUACGUCCCAGCGCGGGGGCCAUCCUGAACGCCAAUACCCUGUGGUAUGCCUGCGGCCGCUCCGACGGUGACGGCCGUGACAGUCUGAAAAAUGACGACAUUAUCUGCUAUCGGAUCAAGCACGGCGUGCCUGCUGAGAUCAGCAGCGGGCUGGGGCGGUUCAAGGGGGGCGACGUGAAGGCCGCAACCGCGGGCGGGGCAACCCCGCGCCACUGGGCGGUGGGCAGCGGGCAAGGAGACGCUGUAGAAAUCUUUACGAACCAUAAGGCCAAGAGGGACGACCUGAGCGGUGACGGUCAUGUCACGUUGGCAAGGAUCUUGUACUUCUUCGACCACAAGGGCAACAGACGCCCUGACUCCACCCCUGACGCGGGCCCUGACUCCGCGAUGGAGUUUGUCCUCGCGUACGAGUUCGUCACUUGUGGGUCUGGACGGUCCAAGAAAGCAGAUUCCGUCACACAGCACCCCACCUACUGGCUGCAGCGAGGGGUUAAGCAGGUUCCGUCAGUCUACCCGAUUGAAGCCAUUCGCAGGCAUGUCAUGAUGUACCACCACUGCCCGGGGUCGAGCUUCGCCACCGGGGUCAGUCACACUCCAGCGCCCGACUCUUGCGGACUUCACGAUGAUCACAGAGCUAGAGGGGGGGGGAAGGUUUGGAAGCACCACUACAGGCUAGCACCGGCCAAUCCCUCCGGGCCACGGGACGCGUACAUCCUGAAGGAGCACUGGCGGAGUUCUUUUCAGGACGGUGUUGUCUGAGACAAGAUGUGGGCUAGUCAGAGGUGCUUCUCGUCUUGUGUGAGGAGCAAGUGGAUCCGCCCUCCAUGUCGUCUGUUGUGCAUGAGACCCGCCUUGUGCGCAGUCCGCGAGCACACCUGCAGCGUGCGGCAGAAACGUGUGCGUAGGGUGGGCAAUAUUGUCGAGUAUAGUCUGCUCUUGAGAAGGCGGGGUUCGUGGGUAACUCAUGUACGCAGAGCGCUAGUCUAUUCGGAAAAUGUUGACGGUGAUCGCCGCGGCGACGCGAUUGUUGUUUCGUAACCCUCCUAUAAAUGUAACGCUUUUUUGUUGGAGUGCAACUUUUUGGGAUAUUCUAUGAUUUAUUUCUUUAAUGUGCUGUGGCGUCCUGAUCUUUCUGCU